ACCACGUUCCUGGAGGUGCUGGAGGAGUUCCCGUCGCUGCGGCUGUCUGCUGCCUUCCUGCUGUCCCAGCUGCCCAUCCUGAAGCCCCGGUACUACUCCAUCAGCUCCUCCCAGGAUCACACGCCCACGGAGGUCCACCUCACCGUGGCCGUGGUCACGUACCGCCCCCGAGGUGGCCAGGGUCCCCUGCACCGCGGAGUCUGCAGCACGUGGCUCAGCAGCCUGAAGCCCCAAGACCCAGUGCCCUGCUUCGUGCGGAGUGCCAGCGGCUUCCAGCUCCCCGAGGACCCCUCCCAUCCCUGCAUCCUCAUUGGGCCUGGCACGGGCAUCGCCCCCUUCCACAGUUUCUGGCAGCAGCGAGUCCAUGACUCCGAGCACAAAGGGCUCUGGGGCGGCCGUAUGAUCCUGGUGUUCGGGUGCCGUCACCCAGACGAGGACCACCUGUACUGGGAGGAGUUGCUGGAGAUGAUGCAGAAGGGGGUGCUGAGUGGGGUGCACACAGCCUACUCGCGCCUGCCCGGCCAGCCCAAUGUGUACGUUCAAGACCUGCUGCGGCAGAAGCUGGCCGAUGAGGUGCUGCGUGUCCUCCUGGAGGAGCCGGGCCACAUCUACAUGUGUGGGGGCGUGUGCAUGGCCCGGGACGUGGCCCUCGUCCUCAAGCAGCUGGUGGCUGCCAAGCUGAGCCUGAGCGAGGAGCAGGUGGAGGACUACUUCUUCCUUCUCAAGAGCCGGAAGUGCUACCACGAAGAUAUCUUUGGCGUGGCAUUUCCCUACGAGGUGCAGAGGUCGGAGCAGCCCGGCAACACCGGGCUCUGA